CUUUCUUUGUCGCCGCAGCUCAUGAAGAAAUGGCGGAUCUGCGGGCGUUGUACAACUGAGGACGAAUACAUUAAAGCCAAUGGCGUGCGUACGGGUGGCGAAGAGAACCUAAAUGGACAACAGUAUUUACGUUUUUUAGAAAUACCGACUCGUAUCAUCCAGACACACAAGAAUGAGCUGAUGGUUGUGAAAGUCUGGAAGAAGACGUCUCACAAAAAGGAGAGGCUAACUGGAAGAUGCCAAGAAAAAAACAACAGAAUCCACAGCCAGUAAAGUUGGAUUCUGAAGAUGGACUAACCACAGACACUCCAGGAAACCUCACCUUAGACACAGACUUUCUUCUAGAACAAGACCUUGAGUUUGAUGACCCUGAUCCUGAUGAAAACAAGAUUUUAGGACUGGAAAAAUUCUCAGAGGUAGCAGCUGAGAUCGGUUUCUCUGUUUAUCCCCUGGGUGAUGAGGAGAGCCCAACCUACGGUCAGCUCAGCAUGGAAAGUGAAACGGAUAAUUCUCGCAGCACAACCGACAACGGAAGGGACGACGACGGCAGAGAACCUCGGCCGGAGCCUAGUUUUCCUCCAUACCUGUCCUGCAGAGGCUGUGGUCAACUCCGCGAUGGACCACUAGGACCUGGCAUUGACCUUGUUGGCCCAUAUUGCCUUAGGUGUUGUAAAGCCUCCAGAGAAGCCAAAAGCCCGGACUUCUGUUUACCUUUUGGCCUCAGUGGGCUUCGCCCCGCUUCCCAUUCACAACUUGACGGAGAAGGAAUGAGAAAUGGAAUGGGUGACAAAGCUCUGACAGCAGAGGACAAACUGUCCAAACUGCACUCCUGUCACCUCUGUGGUUUUUCCUCACGUUACGCCAACCAUGUUAAGCGUCACAUGAAGACGCAUAAUGGGGAGAAGCCCUUCAACUGCCCCCUGUGCACUUACGCCUCAGCUCAGCUGGUGAACCUGCAGAGACACCUGCGCAUUCACACCGGCGAAAAACCUUACAAAUGUGAGAGCUGCACCUUUGCCUGCAGUUCCCUUGGUAACCUCAAGAGGCACCAACGCAUGCACCUGCCCACUCCAGGAACUGGACAGGAAGCCAUACAGGGACCUGUCACUGGUCAGAAUAGUCUGAAGAGGCAAGUGACGGGGCAAAGACCCAGUGGAGAAGCUUCAGGUGCUUUAGGGCGAGUAUCAGAAGUGGCAAGAGCAACGUCACACCUGACCAUGGCGUCCCAGAACAAUGACUACCUGUCAGCUUUCGAUAGCUUAAAGGAAGCAUCGCCACCACCUUUACCCCACUCUAAUCAUGGCCCUGCCCUCCAGGCCCCACCUGUGCCUCACACUACAGACAGAGAGAGCAACAGGACGAGUAGGGAGGGCUCAGCAGAUGGCGCCAGCCUCCCACCUUCACUUUUCCCUUAUACCUGCCGUCUGUGCGGUGUCGUCCUGGAGGACGAGGACGGCACCUCUGCCCAAAUUUGUGCCAAGUGUACUUUGGAGAUGCUGACUAAAGAUGCCUCUUCAUCUCCUAACAGCCCAGGUGAGCGGAGUGACAAGGUUUACACCUGCGCCGCCUGCCCCUUCCUCACCCACUAUCCAAAUCACUUGGCACGCCACAUGAAAACUCACAGCGGCGAAAAACCCUACAAGUGCCCUCAGUGCGACUAUGCCUCAGCGCACUUUGACAACCUCAAGCGUCACCACAGAGUGCACACGGGUGAGAAACCUUACAAGUGCAAUUUGUGCGACUAUGCUUGUGGGAACUUGGCGAACCUGAAGCGUCACCUGCGAGUGCAUUCGGGCGCCAAACCCUUCCAGUGUGCCGUGUGCAGCUACAGCUGCAACCAGAGCAUGAAUCUGAAGCGACACAUGCUGCGGCACACCGGCGAGAAGCCGUACAAAUGUCGCCAGUGUGGCUACACCACGGGCCACUGGGACAAUUACAAGAGGCACCAGAAGAAACACGGCCUCGCCACAGACGGCUGGGUCAAGGUUCCCAUGACUGGAAAUGACGAAGAAGAAGACGAUGAUGAUGAUGAUGUACGUAAAGGGAUGGGAUCCGGAGUCCAGACUCACAGAAAAGAAGCAGGAGUUGAUAUGCAGUACAUGCAGGGAGGUCGGUCGGACUACACACCUGUGCUACAGACUUGACUGCAUUAAAUGAAAAACUCAGCAGAAUGGAAGCUACCAGCAAGUCUUUUUGUUUUUAAAUUGUUAACCUUCACAGAGCCUUUAUUAUUGUUUGAAUGCAUCUGUGUCUGUGUUUGUCAGAUGUACAGAGGCUGCUAAUUGUUUGUAAAAUCGGACACAAUUAUAAGAAGAAAAAAAAUGUCGGUCUACAUUAUUUGAUGCCUUUUGGAUUUCAGAAGAAAUCUGGCACUGUGUUUUCAACCCGUAGUAUUUGUUAGACUGAUUAGUAGGAAAAGGAGGAUUUUUUUUUCAACGUGGAUGAAAACAAGACUUUAGAGGCAGAUUGUUAGAUUGUCCUUUCUGCCUCAGAGCGGGCUCAUACAGGACUACCAGUCCAACACAGCAUGAUGGAGUUGGUCUUAGACAGUCAGUCAGCUCAGUGUUCAUCAGUCAUUUUCACUAAACUAUGGCAACAUCGUAGAAAGUUAUAGGACCACCUAGGAGCUGUCCUUCAGCACCACUGGGUCCAGAGAUCUACUCAGUGACUGACUCUACUCUGUAACCUCCACCGAUCAGUGUUAAUGGGUUAAAAACGACCAGAUUUCUUCUUCAACUGAGGUGAAUGAGUCCACGAGACUGUGUUUCGUCUUUGUCUUCUACUCUUGCUCCGUUUAUGUCAACACAAAUGAACUGUAGCUACUGUUAAAAAAAAGUCUUUUCACUGGCUCAUCAUAUAUGUCACAGAUACCACAUGACAAAAUCACCUGAAUACAUAGAACCGGUGCAGAUUUGUGCCUGAUCCAUUGAGUUGCACUGUGUAGUUUUAUUCAAUCCUCUUUGUUGCUACUUUAACUUGAAGUUAACGUACGUAGCCUGGGUUCAAACCUUUUCACGUCAGAUUUAAACACGUGCCAACACGACUACACCGUGCAGCUCAUGGUGAAGAAGGCUGAUGUUUGAGGUCAGUAUUUUGCUUUUUGUUGCAUCAAAGCACAACUCCAUUAAGAGCAUGAACUAACCUAUGUAUGUACUACUAGCAAUGUGGCGAUGACAGAACUAAAAGUUGUUUUAACUCUAAUGAUUGACUCAUAUUGAACUGUAACCGUGUUUUUCUUUCAGCCCCCCAAGACAAAAAGGGAUGUGGGGAUUAAAAUCCAAAGCAAGAAAGUGUAAUAGAAAUAAUAAUUUGUAGUUAUUUUAUCAGUAAAAUUGCAUGUGGAAACAUUGUAGUUUUAGCUGUAACUGUAGCUUGUACAAGAAAAAAAAUAAAA